GUGUCUAUCGUUGCACGUGCACCUUUGUAUGUGUGCAAGCCCACUCAUGGCAGCGGACUAUGACGGUUCGUAGAUUUGACAGCUAGCUCAAUGCGGGUUCAGACGUUCAUUAUACCGCGACCGAUGUAAUUUUCGUGAAAUAUUUGUCAACCGUACGUGUAACAAAUACGUGAUUGAAUAGUGUUGUGAUGCGAUAUCGUAACAGUGAUUCCUUAGUGGAGAUAUUUACCCGCGAACUUGAACUUGGCUCAUUGAUCUGAGUAUGUCCGACUUGUCGAUUGAUUUGUGACAUGCCCCAUCUCGAGGUGUUUUUACAAUGCUUGUAAUUAGAUGCGCCUCGUUGGACUUCAUUCCGGGGUGUAACAGUAUGAAUAAAAAAUUGUUUGCGGUUUUAUGGUAUCAAGAAUACGUAACGAGUAUACACUCGCUGAUCACCCACUACAAAUAGACUUAACAAUACUUCUAACCGUUUAGAUUAAAAUAUGUUCAAGAGGUGAUAAUAGGUGUAGGUCGAAUUUAUGUUUGGUUUCAAGUUUAGUGAUUAUUUUUUUUAUAUACGAAAACAGUGUUCCUUAUUGAUUAGUGGAUAAUAACGAAACUAAGUGUAAUGUAAAUAUUAUGUGUAAUAAAAAUAUGGACACUGAAGAUUUUUUAUGGAAGAAUAAUUUUUGAUACGUCGAGGAACCGAUGAGGAGACACCGUCCGUUGGCACAUCGUGAACCCCUGGUGACAUCGAUUGCUGCCGUUUAGUGAAUGGAAUCCGAAGUGUUUGUGUAGUGACAUAACGGUGUAAGUGUCGGCCCUUGUGGCCGAGAAUCUGCAACGGAAGAUACGGACGCGAGCCGCGCGGGCUGUGGGCCCGCGAUGAGCGCUAACAACUGCGACAGCAUGACAUAUUUCUCUUCUGCGUACAUGCCGGAUAUGAGGAACGGUGGCGGUCAUGAGCAUCAGCAGGCGCACGCGCAUUAUGGCGCGGUGCCGCAACAAGGGCACGAUUUAGAGGGCUGCGAACAGCAGAUGAGGCCGGCGCAGCACCAUUACCCCGCGCAACCAGCGCCGGGAAUGCCCUACCCUAGGUUUCCACCGUAUGACCGGUUGGGAUAUUACCAGCAGAUGGAACAGAAUGGAUAUCGACCAGAUAGCCCAACGCAAAUGGGCCACAUGGGCCCAAAAUCAGACGGAUAUGGACCGAAUGGACACCAACCACCAGCGCCGGCGGUCUACACGUCGUGUAAACUACAGGCGGCGGCGGCGACUGCGGGCGGAGUGCCGGGUAGUCCACCUUUAGAGCAGGCGCAACAAAUGCCACAUCAUAUGCACCCCCAACAGCACAUGGUGCAACACGGGGUACCUCCACACCAACAGCACCUCAUGUACCCUGUGGAUGACAUGCAGCAUCAGACGCAGAUGCCACCGAUGCACCAGCAGUCGAUGCAUGCACAACAACCCCCUCCGCAACAGCCCCCGCCGAACACGAAUGCGUCGUUGCCCAGUCCGUUAUACCCCUGGAUGCGAAGUCAAUUCGAGAGGAAGCGGGGACGACAAACGUACACCCGGUACCAGACGCUGGAGCUGGAGAAGGAGUUCCACUUCAACCGGUACCUGACACGGAGGAGACGAAUCGAGAUCGCGCACGCGCUCUGUCUCACCGAGCGCCAGAUCAAGAUCUGGUUCCAAAACAGGCGCAUGAAGUGGAAGAAAGAAAAUAAGACCAAAGGCGAACCAGGGUCUGGAGACGAGCCUGAUAAUAUGAGCCCGCCCACCUCGCCACAAUAAAGGCCUCUAGUUUAGUUCGCGGUCCAAACAAAGGAUCUUUUCGUUUCAGAUUACAAGGAAAUUGGUUUCCGUGUCCAUUUAGUUUUCGUGUAUCGUUGACUUGCGUUCGAUGGAUGAUUCGGCGUAACGCGUCCACGUAAUUACGGUGAAUCUGGAACUGUCGAUCCGAGACCACUAGAACAGUUUCAUUUGUAUAAAUUGUAUGUUGGACUUUUCAUAAUAAUAUUACAUUAUAAACUAAUACGUAACCUAGUGAUUUGGGAUAAAGAAUAAUGAUAGUGUGACGGAGAUUUUUACAGUUGUUAAGUAUAAAUUAAUUUAUAGAACAAUCUCAAUACCAAUAAUUACCAAAAACGCAGUAUAUAAUUAUUAGUAAACUGCAUCGACAUUUAUGUGAUUAUAUAGCUGGAUAACGAUUAUUUUGGAAUAACUCAAUCAUUCGCAAUCGGUUACUAUUAAUUAGAAAUUUUUUGACAAAGUGCUUGAUGUAAAUAUUUGUUUCAUGUCAUAGAUAGUUUUGUCAAUACAUUAAAUAUUUAAUUUAAUUUAUUUCGAUAUACUUUGUUACUGUUUCUUUGAUAUAAGGUUGAUUCGGUGUUAAGCACUUUGUAAAGAAAUUAAAAUAAAUAUACUUCCUUAUACUUAUAAUUUUGAAUCACAAAACCAUAAGGACCUCUUAUAAUUAACCAUUGAUAAGAAGGCAAUUAGUAUCCAUAUUGUUAUUAUUUAAUAUAUUUGAUGUUUUAUUUCUAAUUAAGCUAUCGAGAUACUAUUCUGUACAUACAUACCUACAUGAUAAUUUUUAGAACUUAUAAUGUACAAUUGUUUUAGUGUGAAUAAUUAUAUUUGAGAUUAAUUUGUGAAACAACGAUAAGUUUCGUGUUCUGGGUACGAGUGUUUGUUUUGUGGAUCUUCUCUGAUUUUCACUUUUGGUUCAAUAUAAUUGUAGUAUGGAAAGGCCAGUUAUACAAGUGCAAUGUAUACGAUUUUUGAUGACACAUAUACGUAAUUAAUACUGAUAAUAAUGUCAUAGGAAAUUUAUUAUAAUUGUAAAAUGUUACGAGAAUGAAAACUAUAAUUUAGAAAAUACAUAUUUGAGAUAUUGAUUAUUCUUUGAUAACUUCUAUUACAAUGACAAAAUGAAUGUUGUGCCAUUCAGUGAGGUGAAAAUAAUGUAAAAGACAGCUCGGAUUGAGACACUGGAUAUGAAUUUAAUGAUGUUAAUAAUAACGGAACAAAGGUUACCUUCAAACUUGUAGGUUGCAGGUAGAGAUAUUAUUUGAUUCUUACGGAUGUGUAAAGUAGGUACACAGUAUACCAAAGUUAGAAAAUAAUUGCCGGUUGUUCAAUGUUCACGUAGUAACGAUGAACCUUUAUUCGGUAACGAUCAGCUAGUCUAUGUGGCUGAUUGUUUCUGUUUUACCACUUCGAUUUAUUGGAAGGUAUUUUUAUAAAAUCAUUGCCUAUGGAAACCGAUAUACGUAAAAUUAUAGAACAUUUAUAUUUUACUCGUAACACAAUAGUUUUACGAAAUUAAAAAAAAGGUGCGGGAGAAAUUAAGAAGGUUGAACUUUCGUCAGGAUUCGCGUUAUACGUUUUCGUAUUGAUGUAAACUAUUUGUAAAUUAUUACUUUUUUUUUCACAUAGAAUGUAAUUAGCGAAUGUUUACUAAGAACUCAGUGAGCCGGCUUCAGUUUAUAUAAAUAUGUUUUAUUUUAUUUUGUGCUGUGUUCGUUAAGUGAAUGUAAAUUGUAAUAAUUGUAUAUUGUCAAUAUUAUUCAAUAUUUAUUUAUUGAUUUGCUUAAUUAGGUUCGCUUUCGAGUACUUCAUUUUUAUACUAAUCGAGUAUAUUUGGUACUCGAUUACUGUCUGGCUGGGAUGUAUUUUUAUCAUUAUCAUUUGAAUUGCUCAAACAUUUAUGUUGUAAAUUUAUUUCUAGCAAUAAGAAUUGUUUUUUAAUAUGUAACAUUUAUACUAUGAAAUGUAUUGGUAAUGAUAUUUACAGCGGUGACAUAGAUUAUAUUAUAUUUUGUUGAUAAAUCAUGUGCAAUCUUAACAAAAAUCGCAUUCUUCAAUAUCCCUUGCCAGAUAGAAAUCUCGACUUUUAAUUGAUUUGUAAAAUUUUGGUAUUAGGCUUAACGAAGUUCAAAUUUAGUUUUGUUUAAGUAAACCUCCAACUGUCCCGAAACUUUAAAAAAUUAGAACUGUAGAGUGAAGUGGGAACCUAAUUUGAUGGAUAUUAUUUACCAUUUAUGUCCUAUCGAUUCAAAAUUUAUGAAAUAUAACUAUAAUUAGUAACUUAUUAAGGUUAGGCGAGACGAUAUUGUCAUAAAUAUAUAAAUACAUGAAAUUAAUAAAGCAUAAUGAUUGUAUUCAGAUAUUUCAUUUGACGAUA